AUGUUUUUCGCCUUCGAUCAAGCUCGGAACUUUACAGCCCAGGCAGGCACCUGGGCUCUUAAGAACCCCAAUUUAGCUGCCUGUGCGGUGGCUGGCGCUGGAGGGGUAGCCGUUGUCGCUGCCCCAGUGCUAGUAACUGCUCCGAUCCUAUCGGGUCUUGGAUUCAAUACUGCUGGUGUUGCUGCAGGGUCGUUCGCCGCCGCAAUCCAAAGUUCGAUAGGUAAUGUCGCCGCUGGUAGUUUGUUUGCCGCGGGGCAAAGUGCAGGAGCAGGAGCAGGUGGUCUUGGUCUGGUAGCGGUAAACACUGCUGCACAGGCGGCUGGUGUACUCACAAGUGUGGGAAGUGCUGGUUGGGCCUGGUUUAAGGGAAACCACACUUGCUGA